AUGGCCACCGUGGACUAUGUGGAGAUACCACCAUAUGCAGCCCCUCUACGAUCCAGCACUCCUUCUAGCGAUAACGUCCACCCCGCACGCAGGAUAGUCACCUCCCUCCCUCACCCCGAAGAGCUCUCUUCAUCCGCCAAGGCCGCCGCCGCCGCCGCCAGCGUACCAUCGGCUGCCUCUCCAGCAGCUGCCGCGGCAUUUAGCUUGCCCGCUAUCCUGUUGUCGUCGCUGCCGAGCAACGGGACAGAGCGGAACCCGCGACAUGCGGAGCAGCUAUUAUCCACGCGCGAUCCAUUGUCUAUCCCAAUUACCACGGUCAACUUCCGGCGCUUUGUCUCCAAAGUGGGGCCGGUGUUCUGGCUACAAGACCGGAUGGAGGAGAUCUUGAUGUGGAGGAGGGGAUGGAGAGUCACUAGUGUCUGGAUGGCGUCCUACGCAUUCCUUUGUUACUUUCCGCGGCUCGUACUGCUGUUGCCUCUCCUGCUUCCUAUUGGUGUUCUCCUCGCCACAUAUCCGUCCCAUCACAUCGCAUCUUACAACUCGGGGAGCACCGUGCCUCCAGUACCGACGACCCAACCUGGAGAGGGCAGCGUUGAUUGGCAGGCUAACAUUCAAGGUAUUCAGAACUUGAUGGGUGCCGUCGCCGAUCUACACGACUACUUGAUACCUCUGCUGCCGCACCUGACGCAUCAGAGUGUCUACAGUAAACCGCUGCUGGUGUGCUUGUCCGUGCUGGCCAUGGCUAGCCUUCCCCUCCUCUAUACGCUCCCCAUGCGCCCGACGUUCCUUGUGCUUGGCCUUGCGCCGUUUGGCCUCACCCACCCGCUCAUCCGCGGGUUCAUUCUUCCCCGCCUGCUCGCGCACCCAUCUAUAGAGCUCAACCGGCGACGCAUGCAUGCCCGCCUCGUUCGCGCGGUUGACGACGACAGGCUCGAAGACAAGCACUGGCGGAGCGAGAUGCGAGAGGUGGAACUAUUCGAGAACGAGCGGUUUGCGCCGCGCGUGGGAGCCGCGGCCGACGGUGCGACGGGCGGCGGGGGCGCGUCCGGCUCUGCGGGAGAAGGUGCAUGGAGCAAAAUGAAUCUGAGACACGGCGAGAGACUGGCGUGGACGCGAGGCAGGGACGGCUGGAGCGCCGUGCAGCCCGACGGAAGCGGUGAAGUGAGUAGCAACCUCACGUUCUCGUUGGCGCCCGGGUGGACCUUCGUCGAGACGGAGGACUGGCGCCCGGAUGUCGAGGGAACAUGGAUAGAGUGCGGAUCGGAUGAAUAUGGUUGGGUAUAUUCUAACGACGCCUGGCAGGACGCGAGUGCUGCCCCAAAAGACGAGUGGAUCAGCGCUGGCCAGGGCAUGACGCGUCGUCGGCGAUGGGUGCGGAGGAUUUACUACGCCGGCACGGUCUCAAGUUCGACGUAG